GUCCACCUUGAAGAGAAUAUAAAAUGGGAAGUGGGAACGAGGAAGCUUCAAUCUCGGCCACUCCGUCUUAUCCUCUCCGGUGACUCCCCUGCUAAGUGCUGAUCGCCAAUCAGCUCUGUACGAUGACUGUCCAUCAUCAUCAGCAGCUUCAGUUGAGUGGCAGAAGAAGCUACAUGUAUCCUAAGGUUAGUAAACAACUCGACUUCGAUUUCCAGUCUUCUGAAAUUUCAAGAUCGGCCAAUCCAAGCGCCACCUGCUUCUUCACUCGUGUUCAUACCGGUAAUGUCCUUUCCCGGCAAACCCAUAACUAACUUCUCUCAGCUUCAUCAUCAUCGUUCAUCACUCAUCAUUCCCAUUCCUUCUUCAUUUUUCAAUCCUCAAUCACAAUAAUGUCUACAAUACCCUCAACCUCUCUUGGAAUUUCACGCCCUCUCUUUGCCUCCCUCCUCCUCCUCUUCUUCUUACCCUUGCAGGCCAUCUCCCAGACCACAUAYGACGAACAGUCCAUYCUACUCAAACUAAAGCAAGAUUGGAAAAAUCAACCUCCUAUGGACUCUUGGAAAUCGUCGCUUCCUUUCUGCAAUUGGACGGGAAUCACCUGCGACAAUGGUUCCGUCACCGGCAUUUCAUUUGGCAACUGGAACAUAAAUGGACCAAUCCCUCCCAUCAUCUGCAAUCUCAGCAACCUCAACCACCUCGACCUCACUCUCAACUAUAUUACUGGAGAAUUUCCCACCUUUCUCUACAACUGUUCGAAACUCGUGUAUCUUGACCUUUCUCAGAAUUACUUCGUUGGCCGCAUUCCCGAUGAUAUCCACCGGCUUUCUCGCCUCACCUACCUAAAUCUCGAAGCAAACAACUUCACCGGCGACAUCCCGGCAGCAAUCGGACGUUUGUCGGAGUUGAAGACGCUCUCUCUUGUUCAGAAUUUGUUUAAUGGGACCUUCCCUCCUGAAAUCGGUGAUUUGUCGAACCUUGAAUUUUUGCAAAUGGCUUAUAAUGGUUUCUUGCCUUCGAGGUUGCCGGUUCAAUUCGGUCGGUUGAAGAAACUGACACUUUUGUGGAUGGCGAGCACAAAUUUGAUUGGAGAAAUUCCAGAAUCAAUUGGCAAUAUCACGGAGCUUCAACACUUGGAUCUCUCAGUGAACAAUAUGAACGGAUCGAUUCCUGGCAGUGUUUUUCUUUUGAAUAAGCUAAAAAAUCUGUAUCUUUACAACAACAAAUUUUCCGGUGAGAUUCCUAGAAGGAUUGAGUGUUUGAGUUUGAACAAUCUAGAUAUUUCGAUCAACAAGUUGACUGGUCCGAUACCUGAAGAUUUUGGAAAGUUGAAUAAGUUGCAGUAUUUAUUUAUGUAUUAUAACCGAUUAUCGGGCGAGAUACCGGCAAGUAUCGGUCGGCUUCCAGCGCUCAAAGAUAUUCGGCUAUUCAACAACAACUUCACUGGCGUCCUGCCCCCCGAUUUAGGCCUCUAUUCGAAGCUUAUAAGUCUCGAAGUAUCGAAUAAUCGGCUAACAGGCAAGUUGCCGGAUCAUUUAUGCGCCGGUGGUGUGUUGACAGGAGUGUCGCUCUUCUCGAACCACCUCAGCGGAGAAGUGUCGGCGUCCCUUGGAAAUUGCAAUAGUCUGACCGAUAUUCAGCUUUACAAUAAUGGAUUUUCCGGCGAGUUUCCUGCCAAUCUUUGGUCAUCGAUCAAUCUAACAACUUUGAUGAUAAGCAACAACUCAUUUUCCGGCAAGCUUCCAAGCAAACUGGCCUGGAAUUUAACACGAUUGGAGAUCAGUUACAAUAGGUUUUCAGGUGAGAUUCCUUCAUAUAUCGCAUUUUCAACUAAUCUGGUAGUCUUCUUGGCAAGCAACAACCAGUUCUCCGGAAAAAUUCCUACCAACUUAACGGCCCUCUCCCAUCUUACAAUUCUAAAGCUGGACGGAAAUCGUCUUUCGGGUGAGCUCCCGUCAGAUAUAGUUUCGUGGAAGUCAUUGACCUCUCUGAACCUCAGUAGAAAUCAACUGUCUGGUGACAUUCCCCGUGCCAUUGGAUUACUUCCAAACCUAAUUGACCUGGACCUGUCGGAAAACCAGCUUUCAGGCGAUAUUCCAUCUGAAAUCGGCAGUCUUAGACUAACCUUUUUAAACCUAUCUUCAAACCAAUUAACGGGGAUGAUCCCGGAUGAAUUUGAAAAUAUGGCCUAUGAAAACAGCUUCUUGAAUAACUCAGGCCUGUGUGCAGCUAAUGUUUUCCUAAACCUACGUGUCUGCACUUCUCAACCCCAAGAAUCGCAGAAGUUAUCCCCCCGGCUUCUGGCUAUAAUCAUAACUUUUUCCGGGCUUGUGUUUCUGGUUGCCUUGUUAUCUGCAUUGUUAUUGGUCAGAGACUGCCGAAGAAGAAAGCAUGGACGAGAUCUUGCAAAAUGGAAGCUUACCUCUUUCCAGAGGUUGGCUUUCACAGAGUCAAUCAUUGUGUCCAAUUUGACCGAUAGAAACCUGAUCGGGGGUGGUGGGUCGGGCAAAGUUUAUCGAGUCCCCUUCGGGCAGUCCGGCGGCGAGGUUGUUGCCGUCAAAAGGAUUUGGAAUAACGGAAAAUUGGAGGAGAAGUUGGAGAAGGAAUUCGAGGCAGAGGUUAAGAUAUUGGGGAUAAUCCGGCACUCCAACAUUGUGAAGUUAAUGUGCUGUAUUUGCAGUGAGAAAUCAAGGCUCUUGGUUUAUGAGUUCAUGGAGAACGGAAGCUUGGAUCGUUGGCUUCACGGGAAGAAGAGGGGAUUGCUACCGUCUGGUGGUUCGAUCCAUGAUGCCAUAUUGGAUUGGCCCAGAAGGCUGCAAAUUGCAAUUGGAGCAGCCAAUGGGCUCUCCUACAUGCACCACGAUUGCCGUUCCCCCAUCAUUCAUCGCGACGUGAAGUCUAGUAACAUCCUCUUGGAUUCAGACUUCAGUGCGAAGAUUGCAGAUUUUGGGCUGGCCAAGAUGUUGAUCAAGCGAGGGGAUCCCGAAAGCAUGUCAGCCGUGGCGGGCUCAUAUGGCUACUUUGCUCCAGAGUACGCCUACACGACCAAAGUGAAUGAGAAGGUUGACGUCUACAGCUUUGGGGUAGUGCUCCUGGAGCUGGUAACCGGAAGGGAAGCCAACGAUGGAGGUGAGAAUUCAAGCCUGGCAGAGUGGGCGUGGCAACACUUGCAAGAUGGAAAACCCAUUCAAGAUGCUCUGGACGAGCAAAUCAGGGAACCUUGUUACUUGGCUGAGAUGAGGGUUGUCUUCCAGCUGGGUAUCCAUUGUACCAGCACCUUGCCCUCCACCAGGCCUUCCAUGAAACAGGUGUCUCAAGUUCUAACUCGAUAUGACCCCCUGCACCAAGGCCACGGGGAGAAGGUGGGGAAGGGCGACUUUGAUAUAGCUCCCCUGCUCACUGCUCCUACAUACCUUUCCAGCAACCGGAGCCGGAGGAGUAAGAGAACAUCAACAGAUGCCGAUGAUGAUACCUUAUCAUAUUCAUAUGACGCUUGAUCAUCAUCCAAUAAGGCCACUGUGAGAGUUGUUUUGUCUAAUGCUGUAACUUGCUCUGCACUGUGCUCAGAUCUGCUGCCCAGAAAGAUGCCACCCGUACGUGUACGGUGUACCCACAAGACUCUAGUGCCGGAAACAUAACCCCAUGAAUGACAAUCGACAUGUUUUUUGUGGUUGUGGAAUCCAUUCACUGAACUUCCUCGUAUAUGCUGCGCAAAUCCAUUCACUAGUGUGUCGAGAGGACUGAGCUGAAGGCAAGGGAACCUAAGGGUUGGUGUUCAGCUGCACAAGUAUCGUAAGCCAUGUUUGUUUAUAACUGGCUUAGCUGCCUAACAAGUCAGAGAUCAGUUAAACCUCAAGUAGCUACUCAUUAAAAAGAGGAUGAGGCCGACACCCUUCAAGUGUUUGAUCGACGGCCAAUUUGGCUCCACUAGCUUUUCAACAGGCUGUGGAAUCAAUAAUAUGGUUCUACAUAAUAUAUGGGGCGGCAUCUUUAUGGUAGGGUCCAUGAAUUUAUUACUGGGUUGCUUACAUUUUGGAUGUAAAUACAUUCGCAGAGGUGCAUAUGGACUCUCACUUGCUUUUACAUAAAUAUCAUCACCAAAUGUUAACUACUAACUAGUAUGUGUACUAGCAAGUAGCAACUAGAAUAAUAAUAACAACCAUCUACCAGCCAAGUUGGUCUUGAUCUUCGAAA